AUGUGUGGUAUUAAGUUGGAUUCAAAUAGGGAUAAUGACUCCAUAAAGGUUGCUGUAGAAAACAGGUCUGAAAUUGUAAAUAAAGGUAAUGAGCAAGGUUCCUCUGUUAAUUUUGCUGGAGCUGCUCUUCAUAACGUUGCUUCUACAAAUGUAACUUGUACUAUUUUACAAACUGCAAAGGUUAGUGUUGUGGAAUCUAAUGGUAUACCUAUUGAAGCAAGAGCUUUGUUUGACAGUGGGUCUGACCGUACUUAUGUUAGUAGUAAUAUUGUAAAGAAAUGUAAACCUGAGUGGAUUACUAGUCAGCCCCUUACAUAUUCAGUAUUUGGAGGUGACAAUUCAAGUAAGAGUAGCCUAAGUAACAUUUAUAAAUUGAAGGUACUUGAUCGUAAUAAUUUAUCCCAUUUGUUGACAACUGUUGAGACUCCUAAGAUACGUCAGCCCUUGAUUAGACCAGUUAUUCUAAAUAUGUUAAAUGCCUUUUCUCAUGUACAACUUGCUGAUGAUUAUCAGAAUAAUUCAUAUGUGAAUAUUGAUAUAUUAAUAGGUUUGGAUGCAUACUGGCAGUUCAUCAAGUCUGAUGAUGUAAUCCAAUUUGAUGGAAUUGUAGCUCAGAACUCUGUAUUCGGUUGGGUACUGUCUGGUGCUUGGCAUACUAAUCCUUCUUAUCCUUGUACGUCAUCUCAAAUGUUGUGUAUUUCUAAGGUGUGUGAUUAUGAUAUAAGUAAAUUUUGGGAUCUAGAAUCUGUAGGGAUUAGUCCUAAGGAGUCCAAUAAUCAAUUAGAGUCAAAUUUCACAUUGCAGGAAUUUUCUGAGAAAAUUCAAAUUGUUGAAGGUAGAUGUGAAGUAGCCCUACCUUGGAAAAGUGAAACAGCUAAGAGUGAUCUAAUGGAUAAUAAAAAACUUGCUUUAAGGAGACUAAAUAAAUUACACUGUAAAUUAGAUAAGGAUGUUAAGCUUAAAACUAUACAUUACAAGGUUUUUGAUGAGUAUGAAAAGGAGGGUAUAAUUGAGGGAGUUCCUAGCAAUGAGAUUAGUAGUGCUUUCCCUAUUUUUUAUAUGCCUCACAGACCUGAUGUAAGAGAGGCUAGUACAAGUACAAAGUGUAAAAUGACUGAGGUAAUACAAGAGUUAAAGGAAAAUAUGUAUGUAGAUAAUUGGUGGAGUGGUGCUGACAGCUUUAAUGAAACUCAUGCCAAGUUCAGUGAGGCUCGUAAGGUUUUAUCUCUGGCAGCGUAUACAAGUGGCCUGGAAAACAAGAUUGUUCAGUAUGCCGAUGAUGCAAGUCUUGUGGGUGUAGUAAAGUCUCCACUUAUGAGAAAUAAAGCUGCUCUCAGCCUCAAUCAGGACAUGGACCCGAAUGGUGUAGUUGGUGGGCUCCAGAGGUCCUUUAUUCUGUACACCGUUGGACUGUGGAACAGCCUCCCAAAGGAUGUCGUGCAAUCUGAAUUUCAGAGGUUUAAGUGA